AUACUGUGACGCCACACUUUGUGUUAGCUUAGCGUAGGGGUGCCACCACGAUGAAGUGUUGUAUAUCUGUCCUAUUUCUGGCCGCGCUCGCGCAGGCCAUGCCCACAAUUGAUAAAGAAGCGAACGACCCUGGAUUAGUCGGCAGCGUCAUUAGUGUGGUCAAAGAGUGCGUUGACGGAGAUGUGUCCUUAUGCUUAAAGGAGAAGGCAUUGAAAUAUGUGGAGACGAUUUCGUCGGCCAGGGAAAUGAAUUUGGCUGAUGGUGUGACCCUCAUCGGAAAUGGAUCUCCUAGGUCGGCGAGGGCUCUGGAGCCUUUGUCCGAGGAGCCUAAAGCGAGGGAAGCCCAGGUGGAGUCGAGGCUGGUGGACUCCGCUGCUGACCUGUUGGAGAACCACGUGAUCCAGUUCAGGCUACCAUCGUCUGCUGUUGAAGGAAUGAAGAGGUCACUUGAGGAAGCUCGUGGCAAAAAGAAGAAGAUUAAGCAGCUCCUCCCUCUAUUGGCCCUGGCUAAGCUGAAGAUCACCGCCCUCAUUCCCUUGUUCUUGGGAAUCAUUGCUUUCGCCGCAGCCAAGGCUCUCCUUCUUGCCAAGAUCUCGCUCCUGGUUGCAGGAAUCAUCGCCCUGAAGAAACUCCUCGCACACAAACACCAUGAAACGAGCUAUGAGGUCGUGGCCCACCCACAUCAUGAGGAACAUUACGCCAGUAGCGGCCACGGCUGGGGCAGAUCAAUUGACGACGCCCAAAAUCUAGCUUACGCUGCUCAUGCUAAGAUGGACUAAGGAAAUUGACUCAAAUCCAAAGGAUGGCCACAAGGGUCAGUUUUAGGCCCAGCACGAUUAUCGAAAAAUGAGUCUAUUUAUUGAUAGCUUUAAGAGUAUUUAUUGAUUUAUUUAUUAACGACACCCCUUUGUAAGGGGUGAAUACGAGAUUGUUUUGUUUUCCAAUAAUAUGUUCUUGUUUGUAUGGUCUUCUUUGUUGUACUAUAUUAGUAUAUUUUUUCACACCCCAUACGGUAUCCGUAUUUGUGUAUUUUGUAUUUACAAUUUGUUUACUUCGACGUUAUUUUGUUAAUUUGUUUUCAUACUAGUCCUACUUUCUAAGUCUUUUUUUGUUUUCUAUAAUUUUUGAAUACCUAAAUAUUUUUGUUAAUAAUUUGUUUUAGUUUCUUUGUGAUAUAAUUUUAAUUUGUAAAUAUUUGAGUGUAUGUAUUUGUGUAUGUAUGAUGUUCUUUAUUGUAUGUAAUAUGAAGUACAACAUAGGAUAAUUUUAUACUAUAUUUAUAUUUUUUGUUAAAUUUCUAACUAUAAUUUUAUUUAUUUUUAUUUUAUAAUUUAUGUAUUUAUAUUAAUUCGUACAUAGCAAGAUGUAAUCGUGCCGCCUCUAUAUAAUAUUUAACAGUAUAUAUUACAAGUUAUAUAUUGUAUACACUCUUGUAUGUAAGUAUAUAUUUUUUUUGUAUUAUUUAUGUUAUGCUUAAAUAAACUUAUUUAAUUUCAAAAUGAUUCGUACAAAUAAAGAACAAAAACGUU